UUUCAGUCAGUCAGUCAGUUCACAAGUUCACAAUCUCACUCGCAAUAAUAGGUUUAGUCCACUAGAAAUUAACCUUAAUUUGAAAAGUUUUUGUACAGUGUUAUAAAAUAUAUAACUUUCGAAUUAUGAGCCAUAUUUAAUGAAUAUUACAAAAGUAGUAAGAACUAUUACAUAGAAAGUUUUGUAUAAAAGGAAAUAAGUAAAUUUACAGUAUCCGGAAUGGCUACUGCAUAUGGAAUACAUCUGGGUAACAAUUCUGCAUGUUUGGCAUCAUUCACAAAUGGCACAGCUGCCGUUAUAGCAAAUGAUGCUGGCGACAGAGUCACGCCAGCCAUAGUAGCCCUUAACGGUUCCGAAUGGGAGAUUGGACUUACGGCAAAAUCAGGUCAGGCAUUAUCAAAAGCCAUUAUAAAACACAAUAAACGACUUAUGAACUGUGACUGGAAUGAAGAAGAUUUGACAUAUGUAGAAUCAUCAUCGUCCUGUCGUAUUCAGAAUGAAGAAAAAUUGACUUAUGAGUUUGAGUCUGGUGAAGCUACUCAAUACUCAAACCCUGACAAUAUAACGACGAAGAUUUAUGCGAAACUAUUUACGAUAGCUAGCCAUUCAGUGAAGGAUGAGGGUGACUUGAAGUUAGUGUUAGCUGCACCUUUACAUUGGUCUAAUGAAAGUAGAGAGAGAUUAGUGAAAUGUGCAGAAUUAGCAGGAUUUGAUGUUUUACAAGUAAUAAGUGAGCCAGCUGCAGCACUAUUAGCCUACAAUGUAGAAGAUACUGCAGAAGAUAUAAAUGUCUUAGUUUAUAGACUAGGAGGAUCCUCAUGUGAUGUGUCAAUAGUAAAUGUAGCAGGAGGAUUUAUUACAGUUGAAAAAAAUAUCUUUCGUUCUGAUCUAGGAGGCCAAUGUUUGACAAAGGAUUUAGCUAACUAUAUAGCCCAGGAAGUCAAACAGAAGUGGAAGUUGGACCCACAAGAAAGCCGUAGAGCUAUGUCAAAGUUGUUGCAUCAUGCUGAUAAUUGCAAACAUGUCCUUUCUACCUUGAAUUCGGCACAUGUUUUUAUUGAAUCCUUAUUAGAUGGUGUUGACUGGAGUCAAAAUGUCUCUCGGGCAAGGUUUGAAAAUAUAAUUUCAUCAAAGUUGUCUGCUUAUAUUGAACCUGCCCAACAACUUAUUGCAAGUUUUAAUGGGAAAAUUCACAAAAUAGUGUUAUCUGGUGGAAGUAUGAAGAUUCCAAAAUUACAAUCGGCCAUUGCAAAUUUAAUACCAGAAGCUGAGGUUCUUUCAGGUAUUAAUCCCGAUGAAGUGAUAGCAAUGGGCUGUGCUCGAGAAGCUGGAUUGCUUUUAGAUGUACCUGAAUUUAAUAUGCAUGACCUGAAUGCAGAAGUUGAAUUUCUAGGAAAAGACAUUUACCUUAAAUAUUUAGAUCAGACUACCCAAAUUUUUAAAGAAGGUGCUCCACCAUUUGCUCAACAUGUUUCUAGCAUAGAUGCAGGUGUGGAUGCUAAAAAUAUAAGUUUCAGCUUGCACAAGGAUCCUGAUGGUGAACAAUUUGCUACUGAGACAUUCAAUGUGGAGUCUUUGAGUAAACCUUUUACUUUGAAAGCUACAUUAGAUCAUUCAAAAGUAAUUCUACAAAUAGAAUAGGUAUAUAAGAUGUAACUCUAAUUUGUAUAAUAUAAAUAUUGUGUAUUUUUGA